AUGAACGAGAUCCUGUUUGAGUUUAGUGGCCGUCCGGUGACGGUUCUGGAAACCGCCAUUGCAGGCGGACUGUUCCUGCUGACGCUGAUCGUCUGGCUGGUCCUGAAGACCAUGCGCCAGAUCCGCCAGCGGGCGGAUGCCGACAGCGCCGCGACGGAACAGAUACACGAGCUUGAGAGCCACCUCUCGCAACUUCUCAAGUCUCAGGGCGAGAUGACGGGACGCAUGCAAACGAUGGCCGAAGUGUUCGGUUCGCGCCAAUCGGACAUGAUGCGCGCAGUCAACGAGCGCCUCGACGGGAUGGGGCACAAACUCGGCAUCUCGAUGGCCGACACGACGAAGAAAACCCAGGACGGUCUCAGGCACCUUCACGAACGCCUCGCGGUGAUCGACCGGGCUCAGCAGACGAUCACCGACCUUUCCGGCCAGGUAGGUCAAUUGCAGUCGAUUCUUUCGAACAAGCAAACGCGCGGCGCCUUCGGACAGGGCCGGAUGGAAGCCAUCAUCCAGGAUCAGAUGGCCCCAAGCACCUAUUCGUUCCAGGCGACACUCUCGAACAACAACCGGCCCGACUGCCUUAUCCAUAUGCCGAACGGCGCACCUUCCCUUGCGAUCGACGCCAAGUUUCCGCUGGAAGGGUUCAACCUCCUGCGCAAGGCGGAGACAGAGGAGCAGCUGAAAUACGCUCAGGCACAGUUCCGCCGGGAUUUUUCCAAGCAUAUCCAGGAUAUCGGCGAGAAGUAUCUCCUGCCUGGAGAAACCCAGGACACCGCCUUCCUGUUCGUCCCUUCAGAAAGCGUGUUUGCAGAACUCAACGAGCGCUUCGAGGACCUGGUUCAAAAGGCACACCGAACCCGCGUGGUGAUCGUGUCACCUUCUCUCCUGAUGCUCUCGAUUCAGGUCAUUCAGUCCGUGCUGCGAGACGCCAAGAUGCGAGAGCAGGCACACCUGAUCCAGGCGGAAGUCGGCCAUCUGAUUGCGGAUGUCAGCCGCCUCAAUGACCGUGUCGGCAAGCUUCAGUCCCAUUUUGCCCAGGCAAACAAGGACAUUGACCAAAUCCUGAUCUCCACCGACAAGAUUACCAAGCGCAGCCGCAAGAUCGAGGAUCUUGAGCUUGGUGAAAUCGAAGCCGCCAAGGAGACGCAGGAACCUGAUGAGCCGCGCCUGGCAAUUACACCGGAUUCCUAG